CCAAUUAAUAGCAGGCCAAUUGAAGUAGAUCGAGCGAUGAUCAUCACGGAUUGUGCAUUCUGCUUCCGUCGCGCAUCAUACUUCACGAACCACUCGAAGGAAGCAUGUUUAAAUUUUUAGGACACGACUGCUACGCAAUCGAUGGACCUUGCUCCGAAGAACACGUUAGCGAAGUGCAUCAAUAUUAACAUUGAUCUCAUUAAUCUUUGUGGUUUCUAACCACAUUAAUAUUCAGCUUGCGCUCUCGCUUCUCUUACUCUCCCGAUUCUCGCAUCUCAGUCCCUGCCGCUGAGAAACUAUUUUAGACGCGUCGUGAAUGCUCUCGAUUACUUCCCACACCCUAGCACAGGUUGCAUCACUUGUGCAGUGCGCUUGCACCCUUGGCUCCUUAUCUCAUACCCACCUCUCAAAAUAUGAGGCACUUCAAUGUCGUCGUCCUAGGAGCUGGAGGAGUAGGGAAAUCUGCGUUGACGGUGCGAUUUGUUCAAGAUGUUUUCGUGGAGAACUAUGACCCCACAAUCGAAGAAGCUUAUCGGCGUAUCCUCGAUAUUGAUGGCGUAAAGACUUCGCUAGAAGUAUUGGAUACUGCUGGUGCUGAGCAAUUUACUGCUAUGAAAGAGUUUUACAUCAAAUCCGGCCAGGGAUUCGUGUUAGUCUUCAGCCUCACACAAGAAGCAAGUCUUAAGGAGCUGAACAAUCUUCGACAGCAGAUACACCGAGUGAAGGGAAUGGAUAGCGAUGUUCCUAUCGUUGUUGUUGGGACAAAGCUCGACCUCGUCACGGAACGAGAAGUAGCAAGAAGCACGAUACAAUGCCUGGUUGCGCUUUGGAAGAUACCAUUCUACGAAACAUCAGCCAAGCGUGAUUGGCACAUUAACGAUGUCUUCCAAGAACUUGUCAAGCAGAUGCUUAUGCGCUACCCAGACGAACCACCCAUAAAGAAGGCUUCACGCCGGUUACGCCGCCACAAACCCUGCAUCGUGAUGUAAUGGAUGCAGAAUAUCUGUGACGCUACUCACAAUGUCUUGAUUUAUUACGCCUAUCGAAGUCGCAUCAGGUCCGAACUUCGGCUAUGAUCACCCUCAUGCACGUUAUUUUAUAUAUAUACCCCACACAGACCAAACUGGUUGCAUUAUGUAUUGCCCUAAUAUUUGGGAUCAUGUGUACUUAGUUAUGUUAGAAUUCGAGUAUCUGAGAAGUAUAUCACGUAAGCAUGUUGUGGUUUAUUUACUCCAAAUCGAACGCAUUUUUUCCGGUGGGCUCUUUGUUCCUUGCU